CUUUAUUUCGUUUCAGAUCAUGAUAUAAGAAAUGGCAGCCCUCGCUAUGAGUGGAGCGCCUCCACCGUUACCUAGCAGGGCAGGGCGACCAGACCCACCAUCAGUUAGCACCCUCCCUCGUAGGGGUCCCACUAGCGCAUCCCGACCACAGUCCGCUCAGUCGCCCAGGAACCGACGAGGGUCAUCCGAUGAUUUACCCCCACCCCCACCAAGAAAUAGACAUGACCCCCUCCCACCUGUUCCUCCCUCCACCGCAAAUAUACCUAUCCCCCAAGUUAACCAAAGACCUAGUUCAAGUACUUUACCGAGAAAUUCACGAAGUGAAUCAAACCUUCAGAGUCAUGAUGCCCCUCCAAGACUACCGCCCCGUAGGGGUACUUCCUUCCACGGCCCACAUUCCUCCAAUGUGCGGCCCAACCUGACAAAUGGCGCCAUUCCAGCUCCCAUCCAAGAGAGUCAAGGUACGUACGUUAGAAUACAUUUUAGAAAUGAAUUUAUUUUUGAAAAUUCACGAAAACAUGAACUGUACGAUGCUUCACGUCGGCAUGCCGCUUGGGAAAUAUUCAGGUUUGUACAGAAACGUUCAUUCACCUCCUGAAUGUUCAAAUAAAAGAUUUGCUUGUUUGAAACUAUGAGUAGGACAAAAGGUGUCCAUCAACUUUAAAAUAA